GCCAAAUCAAGCAUCAAGGCUUAGCGCUGGGCAUGCAGGGGUCUCGUUCGCAGCUGCAACGCUCUGCAAUCCCUGGUCCUGGUUUGCUCAAGGCAUCAGCGUUUUUCUUGCCUGCUGGGGAAGAGAUAAAUCCCAGCGUCGCAUCCGAAGUUCUGUCCUGUGGUUUCUUCUAUCCAUGACCCCCACGAACUCUGCGCCCUCAUACCAGUGUACAACUCACCACGAUGGGCCUCACUAAGAUCCUCCUCAAAGCCAUCAUCAUCCCCGUGGUGGUGGUGCUGUUGAUGGGUGUCCUUGUCUGGUUCCUCAUCAAGCGCCAUCGCGACCGAAAGCGCGAGGAAAAGGCCAUCGAGGGCCAGCAGUUCCAGCAGUUCCAACCACCCCCUAUAACCCAAUGGGCCACCGGACCUCAUCCUGCUUCGCCAGUGUCUGCCAUGCACAAGCCGGAGCCGGUCUUCUACCCUGUGCAGCAGCCGGUUGAUCCUCGAGGUCAGGUUUAGGACAAGAGACGAGAUCAUUCCGUGAGCCUCUCAAGCUAUAUGCACCUCCACCAUGAAAAGGGCCAUCCCCAGUCAGUGAGGGAUACGUUCCCCGAAGAUAUAGUGCCGGAAAAGCGCUUCGUUCCUUCUUUCAAGCCCGUUUUGCCC